AUGUUAUCAGAGUUUGAAAAAGAAAAAGUGUUUUGGACACGAAACAUGAAUUUAAAUUUAGUGAAGUUCAUUCAAAGCAAACCGAAUAUCUGGCAUCCAAAACAUCCUAAAUAUACGUCGAGUGCAGCUAAAGAUCACACUUUUGCAGAAUUCGCAGCUAAAUACGGAAACCAAUUUUCUGGUGAAGCAGUAAGAGGCAGGUGGACCAAUAUCCGAUCUACAUUUGCUUAUUAUUUAAGAAAAGUAAAGCAAAAUGAAGAUUAUAAAGUUAAGUGGCCUCUAUGGGAGCCAUGUCAAUUUUUACUUAAGAUAGGAAAAAUUACAAUACAGGAAAUGCCCUCUGAGAAUAAAGAAAUAUCAAUUGAAGAUUUUUCUGAUUCGGUAGAACAGGUAGAUGAUUGCAAAAGUGACGAUUUUGUUAUGGAUAAUAAUUGCCUAUAUGAUUCAAGGGUUUCUUGCCAAGGUGUAGCUGAAAGUAUAUUAAAUAUUUUCCAAGGCGUACAAAACGACGCCUUUGGCUUAGUCCAGUCAAGAAAUGGCAUGGUUGGAAAGGCAGUAACUGAACAAUUAAGUAAAUUAAAUUCCCUGGAAGCUACAAAGAUGUCUAUGAAAAUUAUUAAUAUACUUUGUCUUUAUGACCAAAGUAAUCCAAUGAAUCCAAAUAACAUUAAAUCAGAGGAAUAUUGA